AUGGACGACGAGCGACUACCCAAACGACUCUUCUACGGAGACGUCGCGACGGGUUCUCGCCGUCGUGGUGGCCAGAUUCGCCGUUACAAGGAUACCCUGAAGUCCUCCCUGAAAUGCCUGCAAAUCAACCCCACCAACUGGGAGGAGCUCGCACUCGAUCGACCGACCUGGAGGAGGAGAGUGAAGUCUGGCGCUGCGAUCGACGAAGCCAACCGCAUCGCUGCCGCCAAAGCGAAACGUAAAGCCCGCAAAUCAUAACUUCGCCCAGUAAGCAACGCCGCCGCACAACCGCUUCCAACGUGUCCUCGAUGUCAACGGACAUUCCGGGCUCGAAUCGGACUUGUUGGACAUCUUCGGAUUAACUGCGCCUCUCGAACGACACCAACCAUCGUCCCCCCGCCUGCCUCUUCCUCCUCCUCCUCCGCCUCUCCGCUGCCAACUAACCCUGACAAUUCUUCUGACCCACCACUUCCAUCAUCCUCCUCCUCCUCGCCCACUGCUCCAACGGCGGCCGCUCAGGCGACUGUCCCGCGCACAGCAACCGACACUACCACCACCUCCCCCGACUCCAGGGAUGAGGAUCAGGACUACACCUGUCCUCACUGCGACCGUACCUUCACCUCACGCAUUGGCCUGGUCGGUCACUUGCGAAUCCAUCACUCAGAGACUGGCGAACCAGUGCCUGGAGCACCAACCUAUACCCACCAAGCUCGUCUCAACUACCCACACUGCCCUCGCACUUUCAGGCAUCGCAUGGGCCUAUUCGGCCACAUGCGCAUCCACGACGACCUGCGGUAG